CCAGUCAUAACUGCUCCUUUCCCAGAUCCCACAAUCCCGUGCUAAAACCAAAUCGAGACCACCGAGCUAGGGUUUCUCACCACCGGCGGUGCCAUGGACGGCAACGCGGCGGACCAUCGCCACCAGUCCCCUCCUCCUCUCCUUCCGCCGCCGCAUGCCCCCUGGGAGAUGGCCUCUCUGCCGAUCCCCGACGAGCUCCUGCGUGAAAUCUUCCUCCACCUGCCCACCCCUGCCGAUCUCGUCCGAGCCUCCGCCGCCUGCGUCUCCUUCCGCCGCGUCGUUGCCGAUCGAUCCUUCCUUCGGCGGUUCCGCAAGCUCCACGCCCCGCCCCUCCUCGGCUUCCUCAGUUCGCUCAGUCCGCAUAGCGGCUUCGAGUUCCACCCCGCCGUGCCGCCUCACCCCUCUGCGUCGGCGGCCAGCGCCGUUGCCCUCGCCGCCGACUUCUCCUUCUCUUUUGUCCCCGCCCCAGCCACUUCUGACUGCUGGGUCCUCCGGGACAUCCGCGACGGCCGCUUCCUGCUAGUCAGCGCCGGACGAGGUUUUUUGGGUGGAGAAAUGGUGGUCUGCGACCCCUUGCACCGGCGAUACAUCCUGGUUCCACCAAUCCCUGACGACCUAGCUGCUAUGGUUGCGAACCCGGGUCUCUCGGAGACUUUCCUCGUUCCCCGGGGGGAUGGCCAUGAUGACGAGGCAGCAGCUGAGGAAGAGACAUCAUUCAGAGUGAUGGGUAUGGUGUACUGCGAAGCUAACAUCAUCUCCUUUGUAUUUUCUUCCAGCACCAGACAAUGGCGAGCCGCUGCAUCCCGUAGUUGGAUCGAUUUGUUAGAUGGCUUGUUAUGGUCGCUAGAGGAGAGACUCUUCUGCUGGCGCUGGCGCCAAUACGUGUAUGGCUGCUUUUACUGGAUUCCAGACUGGGAGUAUGAAAUGAAAAUUUUGGUGCUCGACACCCGGAGUAUGGAGUUCUCCUUUGCCGACCCCCCAUCCGAAGCCAAACAUGCAUCCAGUAAUGAUAUAACUAUGAUCGAAGCAGGAGAAGGCAAGCCUGGGAUGCUUAUCCGUGGAUAUGAGUACGGCCCAUUUGAUCACAUUUAUACUAUUUGGAGAAACAAUGGUGGGAGUUCUAGCCAGUGGCAGAAGGAGAAGAUAAUCUCACCCUCAUUGGGCUGUGAGUACAUGGGCAACGGUUCAAUGGGGAAGUACUUGGUCCUGAAUCACUUGGGAAACUCAUCACUUGAGCCAGGCUUAUACAUGUUGGACAUCAAAACAUUACAACUUGAGAGGGUGUGUGCUUCGAUAGUGCAUGGCUUCGCAUAUAGCAACUACCCACCAUCGUUGUCGUCACCGACAAUAUCAAGCGAUGUUACUUCUUUUGUGUUUGUGGCAAAGCUAAUGAGGCUCAGGAACAUGAAGAAUGGAUUGUAAGUUAUUUUUUAGUCUGUUUUGGAUGCCACUGUAAGGUAACAAGACAAGAGGAACAAUCUUGAACACUAUGAGCACCAUUUUGGAGGCAUGGUGAAUUCAUAAAAGCCACUAGAUCACAAUGAUUAUUUCAGAUUAAUGUUCUUAUGGUCAAGCUAACUAAGAAGGUAUACAAGUCAAAUUCUUUUCACCUUUGAUUAUUUGACCUUAGAAACAUUCAUUCCAGGCAGUGGGAGUCGUUUUUUUCUCUUUUGAUAGAUUUAAUGAGGAAUGAAGUUACGUUUUCCUCAUUUUUCCAUCUAUAAACAGGGCUGUUCCUGAGAUUUCACUGGCCCAUGGCGAAAUUUGAACAUGGGGCCCCUUAAUACAAAGAUCAAAAUAUAAUAUACAUGUAUGUUAAAUGUUAUCAAUAAAUACUUAAAGUGCAUUGAAAGCUUUCAUUUUUUUUUUUACAUAUUAACUUGAAAAAAAUUCUUCUAACACUAUUUAUAGUUCUCUUAUAGGCCCUUCUCCAAUCUUAUGUCCAUUGCUUUGCUAUCAAGAUAAUUCCAGUUUCUAGGAUCAUACACAUCUAGAGUAAAAUUGGUUCCGUGUCAAGACUAGCAAAUUCUGUAGUAGUUGAAUCACAUAUGUUCUCAUAAUGACUCGUAUUGUUAAUUGCCCUUGUCUUUUGGAUUAACAUUAGUUGUUCCUCCAAGAAAUCUAUGAUCAAGUCGUCUGGAUUUCUUCAGCUGCUCGUAUUACUCUUAAAAAAUCAUCAGUAGACCCUCUUCAUAAUUCUAUUAACUCAUCUGCUCGUUUCCUCCCAUUUUUCCUUUCCUGGCUGCCGGAUGCAUAAACAUCUUAGAUGAUGUGCGAUGCUAAAAUCUAAAUAAAAAAUCAGUGUGGGAACACCACUGCAAUGUUACAAAAGUAUAGAUCAAUUCAAUUAAAAUCUAACAGAUCAUUAGUUUCUCAUGCCAAACUUGGUCAUGAUAGUCCCAAUAGCAUAUCUUCCUAAACUGAAUACGUUGGGGUUGAGUUGUAGUCUAGAUCCGUGAGCAUGUAGUUGUUGCACAGCGGAUCUUGGACCUGUUCCCUGUAGGAUCAGAUUUGUUGGCGAAGCAUACCACGCGGAGGCCAGCGAUGGCAAAUCUUGGCACCGUCACCGGAGGUCCUCAAGAUCAAUUCAAGCGCAUCAGGAGAGGAUCUUGACGUGGCGAUAGUACGUGUAUUGCCUACGUUGACCUUAUCUAGCGAACCAUUUGGUAUGCCUGUUGUGCGCUAUUCAGGGCCCUGUGACGCUUCUACUACUUUGAAACGUAGACAGCCAGACCCAGUAUGGAAAACACACCUGCUGGGGCCCCCUUUGGCGUCAGGGGCCCGGGGCGGCCGCCCCAUUCGCCACCCUUAGGGCCGGGCCUGUCUAUAAAUUUAUCGCAUGGUGUUAACUCCGGAUAAGAUAUAUAAGGAGGCAUCGCUGGUAUGGUUGCUAAUAAAAACCCGAACAAUUGCUACCACUAACACAUCUCCUGUGUAUAUUCUGAAGGGGUGAGGUUGAACAAUUUCGCAAGGAGUACUGUCCUGGCAAAAAAUUGCUCAAAUAUUUUGAAAUGAACUUCUUGAGAUAAAUUAGAGGCACCGUGUUUUUUCAGUGUUUAAAAUUUUGAACUUCUCACCUUUCCUCCAAGGCACAUGCCAAAUGCAAUUAGUUUGUAAAUUGUGGCUACUAAUUAAGACCUGAGUUUUUUUCGUUGACUUGACUUGGAAAGUUGUGGUAAAUUACUAGGUAAUUUAUGAAGUCUUGCAGCAGGAAGCUACAUUUCUCUUCUGAAAUUUUCAGUUCUCUAUGAUUCAUUUCUGAAUUAUUGCAUGCUUUUAUGUUGCUGUGUAUUUACUCUUGUGCUGCAAAGUAUGAUUGUAAACAAACAAAGUGAGUGUUUUGAGGUCAUUAUUACUAACUGGACCAUGCAGCAUGUGUGUCGUUUGUUUUAAGCCCUAGUGUUUUACCACAACUAUUCUGCUAACUUCUUCAUGUGUUUCCUCUUGAGCAAUUUGCCAGUCGUUACCCAAUAUAAAGAACCACCUUUUGUUCUUUUCCUGCAAACAAGCUUCUGAAUGUAUACAUUUUGGUUGUGCAUAAUUUUGAGAUAUU